AUGUGCGGAAUACUUUGUCUUAUAAAUAGGAAUAAGGCUGACCAUCCACGGUGUUUUGAUAACUUGGAAAGCGAUGAGAAAAAUAGGUUAACAUGUGAAUCUAGUGAUGUAAAAUAUAUUAGAGAUAAUCUUAUACUGCGAGACAUGGAGAGAUUGAAGUUGUCUGAGGUAGACAAAAGGAAGAUUGAAAACUUAGAGGAAUUGAGAGGAUUGCAUAAUCAGCUUAUUGUGCUUAAGAAUAACAUUAAAAACAAUGCUGAACUUGAAAAAAAACGUAUCAUUAUAGAGGAACAGAUAAGCAAUAUGACCAGUGAGGAGCACGAAACAAAAAAAAUUGAUGAGGUGGAGCUGAAUUUCGAAAAUUUGAUAUGUAAAGUGGCAUCUAGAGGUCCAGAUUUUACAAAAUACUUGCAAUUUUAUAGAGAUGGUAUCAAUUUCCAGCUCUUUUCUUCAAUAUUGUCGCUUAGACGACCUUUCACAUCGCAACCUGUGAUUGACGAGUCUUGGAUUGUUCAGUUUAAUGGCGAGCUCUACAAUGAAGACUGCUUAAGAACGAAUGAUACAGAGUUUAUAAGUCUUUUGCUUAAGAAAAACUUGAAACACGGAAAAAGAAGCGAUGCGAUUUUACGUACAAUUGGAGAGUUAGAUGGAGAGUUUGCUAUCCUUCUACUCGAUUUGAUAGAAAUGAAGUGUUAUUUUGGCAGGGAUAGCAUUGGUAAAAGAUCCCUAGUUUAUGCAUUAGAACCUGACUUUAUUGUCUGUUCGGUGCCUCCUGAUAACGACAACUCAAUGUUUCAAGAGUGCAAAAAUGAAAUGUAUCAAUAUGACUUGAAAACUUUUGAACUAACAGCAAUUGCUUAUGACACAAUAGCAUCGCAGUCCACGUCUCGAAGUUCCAUUGGAGGAACUGCGUUGGAUUAUAAUUCAAGUAUAAGCGAAGAUCACAUUAAUUGUAAAGUGCAAGAGUUAUACAGAAACCUUAAAGCAUCAUGUUUAUUAAGGCAAGAUACAAUUCAUCCGACUGAUGGCAAUGAUCAUUCUUUCGGGAUAUUGUUCUCUGGAGGUUUGGACUGUACCAUUCUAGCCUCUUUAUUAAGCGAGUGUGUUCAAGAUAUGCAUGGCCAAAGAAAAUGUCGGUUUCGUAGUGUUAUUUACUUGAUUAGUGUUGCAUUUGAGCACCCAAGGUCUAACCUGACCCCUUCUGAUUCUCCUGAUAGAAAAUUAGGCAAGAAAUCCUGGUUCAACUUAUGUAAAAAAUAUAAUUCAGAGUCACUUGACAUCAAAUUUAUUGAAGUUGACGUGAGUUACGAGCUGUGGUUGGUUCAUAAGCGACGUGUGGUUUCUUUGAUGUAUCCCUCGGCAACUGAGAUGGAUUUGUCUAUCGCCAUUGCAUUCUAUUUUGCCAGUGAAUGCAAGGGAAGACAAAUGACUUUGAAGAACAAAGACGUGGACUAUGAUUUAUUCUUGGCAGAAGAGAAGAAAUAUAUCUUACUUGAAACACACAGCACUCCUGAUCCAAAGGUGCUUUUCAGUGGAUUGGGAGCUGAUGAAUUAUUUGCAGGUUAUUCUAGGCAUGAGGCGAUCUUUAAUUCUGUAUCUUCAACUUCAACAUCUAAAGAGAUUAAUGACCGAUACUUAGAUCUCUCUAAAUCAUUACGGUACGACAUUGAUGUUAUUCAUCACCGAAAUCUUGGGAGAGAUGAUCGUGUGAUGGCAUGUUGGGGAAAGGAACUUAGAUAUCCCUACUUGGAUAUUGAUUUUGUCAACUAUGUCAUGAGCUCGGUGGAGCCCAAUCUUAAACUUACAUUCGGAUUUCAACAAUUGAUCGAUAAAAAGAAUAAAGUAAAAGAAUCAAAGGUAUAUAUCCGUAAAUAUUUGCUUCGGAGACUAGCGGAUUAUUUAGACUUAUCUUGGGUAAGAGAUGAGCAAAAGAGAGCAAUUCAAUUUGGAGCUAAAAGUGCAAAGUUGGAGCUUGGACAGAAUAAAACUAAAGGUACAGACAGCUUGCGAGCUAAAAAGCAGACCGGAUUAUGA